CCCGACCCGUGCUGGUCGCGCCGCGCAGCUGUGCAGAAGCGGGCCGGGUGCGUGUGUGGUGCGGACCAGGGACCACGGACGACACACCCAGGAUCGCGGACCAGGGACGACGGUUUGGUCGGCGGAACCCUGGACCGGGGGCCAGGAUCGAGAACGACGGAUUCAGCGGCGGUGGAGCCUGGGGUCAGGGCGGAGGACCGCGGACCAGGACGGAGGACCGAGGACUAGGGCGGAGGACCACGGAGCGCAGACCACGGACCCCGGCCGCCGGGACCACGGCUGCAGCCACGGCCACCGACCAGCGCGACCGCGAUGCUCGGGAGGAGCUGGUCCUAGCUCCCAGCCCCCGGAGCACCUCCCCACUGGAGCCAGCGCCAGCCAAAGACCCGUACCUGCCCAACGGCCACAGCCACCGGCCGCGCACCAUGGGCGGCAGCGGCUACGGCUGCGUGCGGCACACAUUCUGCCUGCUCAACGCCGGCAUGUGG